UAUCGCGACACUUGCCGCAUCACUUGUUUCCAAGUUCGUCGUAGGAGCGUCGAACUGCGGUCACGUUCAAAAUGUACGCGCUUUUGGUGAUAGCAGUUGGACUACAGCAGCUUGUGUCUGCUGAUGUGAGUUUAGGAUAUCAUUAUAAGCGACCUCAAAAUUCCGGCUUCAGUGCAAUAUCUACUGGCGAAUCUCCAUCUUACUUAUCACCAUCACAUGGAAUACCUUCAUACCAAGUUAAUAGUGGUUCUGGUCAAUACAGCUCUGGAUAUAUAGACGCCACCAGUAAUUAUUACAAAGGACAAGGAUCUAAUAAUUUAGGACUUACUAACGGCCAUUACAACACAUUCAACAAAUUCCAAAGCGAAAGUGGUUACAGAGGUAGUGGUGGUUACCAACCCGUUAAUUUACUGGCAAAUAACUAUUAUCACAAUGGAUUAACAAGUAGUAGCUCACUACAAACUUAUCCUGGAGAUGCUAAUAAAGGAUUCCAAACGUUCAAUAAUCAAUAUUAUCAGUCCGGUCAAUCUCAAAAUUCGCAACAAAAAUAUCAGCAAUCUUAUCAAGUGCAACAGCAGCCUGCGCAAGUAUUCAAACAUUUUUAUGUCCAUGCAGCGCCUGAAGACGAUGAACCCCCAAAAUUCCGCAAACCGAUCGUGUUACCUCCCCCACAGAAACAUUACAAAAUUAUUUUUAUUAAAACCCCUUCUGUACAACAAAGCGCUCCUCAAGUAGUUCCAAUUCAACAGCAAAAUGAAGAAAAAACUAUUGUUUACGUCCUCGUUAAGAAACCUGAAAAUAUUCAACAAGACGUUGUCAUACCUAAAGUUGAUCAGAAGCCGCCUGCAAAACCUGAAGUAUUCUUUGUAAAAUAUAAUAAUAAAGAAGAUUCUCAAACUGUAAUUGACAAUAUCGUAAAAGAUUACAAUAAAGGACAAUCAGUCAGCUUUUUGAAUCCAAGUACCUCAGAUUCAUCUAAGGGUAUUUCUGAGACGUUUUCCAGUCAAACUGGCCAAGCUACUGUCACUCCUGCUGGAGUUCAAACUUUAGGGCUUGAUAGCGGUUUAUCUGGAAUAUCAACAGGUUUUGGUUCCCAGUCUUUUGAAAUUGUCAGCGGAUCAACAAAUAAUCAAAAUAAUGCCGGAACUGGUACUGAAUCCUUUUCUUUGGCAUUAAACAACGAAUCACUUCAAAGUCAAGUCACACCUGACUUUGGAUCAUCAACCUUUGGAUCAGUGGAUACACAAAACCAAGCUAUACCAGUCUUUGGUCCAUCAUCCUUGGGAAUUGGUAGUCACACGAGUGCUUUAGCUUCAACUGGAACUACAACCAGCUCUGCAGUCAGUAAUGGAUACGAUAACAGUGCAUCCAGUAGCGUAACUUCAUCGGGUGUUGUCGACUCUAACGCUAAUGCCAACUAUGAUAAUUUAAGCACAGUACCUACUAGUCAAGGUGUACCUCAUGAAACUUAUGGUAUUCCUAAAUUCAAAGUAUAAUUUUUACAAAUUAAAAUAUACAUUUAUUACCUGUA